AUGGAGCAGGGCUUGACUUGCAAUGUUGGCAACUGCGAAGCCCAGCUUACAGACCAGGCGCUGGUAACUGCUUGCAGGUUUGUUGGCGCCUUACUCCUCUCCGCUGUCCACGUGCUCUGCCUUAAGUGCGCGAGCAACCAUAGGUUUGCUGUGCAAGGUCCUUAUACUUGCCCCGUCUGCCAGCAGCCCCUCGCCGCCUCCGAAGUCUGCAAGCAACUCCUCUAUCCGUCCGAGGAGUGGAAUUCGGUUGUCCUGAGUGGUCUGAGUCCUACCAUGGUCAUGGAAUAUGCUGGGAAAGCUCUGAGUUUCUAG